AUGAAGAAGACAAGUCCUUACAACUCAAGAUGGGCAGAGAGACGAUCUACUGUGGUUUACGCGGUGCGCUCAGCCACCUUCGGCUCUUGGAGGAUGCUCACCCUGGGGUCGGAGUAUGAGGAUACCUGGGCUCCAUCACCUGACAAGAAGCCUCAACCCACGCAACAGGCGGAGGGGGAGCCGGGGCUCACUGAGGGAACAGACACCUGCAGCGGUGACCCGGAGGAACCCUUAUGGAAAGCCGCUCACACCGACACAGGGCAGAAGUUUGACACAGUUUUACACUUGGAUGGAUCGAGCAGGGCUGGGAGUAGAGAUGGUGUGCGUCACAUGGUCAAGAAGCACCAGACCCUGAACAACACGCUGUGGCCCCGCAGAAUGGCUCGCUUCGCAGAAGAUCUACCCACCCGCUAUGGAGGAGGCGCAGGCGGCGCAGGGAGAGGCGCGCCGGGCGCUGGGAGAGGGGGAGCCCGGGGUGGCGGCGCUCCGGGUGGCCAAAGGAUGUACAAGCAGUCGAUGGCCCAAAGAGCCCGAACAAUGGCCAUUUACAACCCGAACCCUGUCAAACAAAACUGCUUCACCGUCAACCGCUCCCUCUUCAUCUUCCGAGAGGACAAUCUCAUCAGGAAGUAUGCAAAGCGAAUAACAGAGUGGCCUCCAUUUGAAUACAUGAUCCUGGCUACAAUUAUCGCCAACUGCAUCGUCUUGGCCCUGGAGCAGCAUCUACCCGCCAGUGACAAGACACCCAUGUCAGAACGCCUGGACGACACAGAGCCCUACUUUAUUGGAAUAUUCUGUUUCGAGGCUGCCAUUAAGAUCAUCGCCCUGGGCUUUGCGUUUCACAAAGGCUCCUACCUCCGCAAUGGCUGGAAUGUAAUGGACUUCGUGGUCGUCCUCACAGGAAUCUUGGCCACGGUGGGUUCAGACUUUGACCUGCGAACACUACGGGCAGUGAGAGUGCUGAGACCCCUUAAACUGGUGUCAGGAAUCCCCAGUCUCCAGGUGGUGUUGAAGUCCAUAAUGAAAGCCAUGGUUCCCCUGCUUCAGAUCGGCCUGCUGCUCUUCUUCGCCAUCGUCAUGUUUGCUAUCAUCGGGGUCGAGUUUUACAUGGGCAAAUUCCACCACACCUGCUUCAAGAUCAGCACGGGUGAGAGAGCAGCAGACUGGCCUUGUGGUCAGGAGUCCCCGGCCAGGUUGUGUCCUAACGAGACGCAAUGCAAAGAGUACUGGACUGGACCCAACUUCGGUAUCACAAACUUCGACAACAUCCUAUUCGCGGUGCUUACUGUGUUCCAGUGCAUCACCAUGGAGGGCUGGGUGGACAUCCUCUACAAUACUAAUGAUGUGGUAGGAAACACCUGGAACUGGCUCUACUUUAUACCUCUCAUCAUCAUCGGCUCCUUCUUCAUGCUCAAUCUGGUGCUUGGUGUCUUAUCAGGAGAAUUUGCCAAAGAGAGAGAACGUGUAGAGAAGAGGCAAGAGUUCCUGAAGCUUCGGAGGCAGCAGCAGAUCGAGAGAGAGCUCACCGGAUACCUGGAGUGGAUCUGCAAAGCAGAGGAGGUGUUGCUGGAGGAGGAAGAAGAGAUUGCAGAGGAGAAGUCCCCGCUGGACGGUGCGUGGUACAAGAGGAAACAAAACCUUUCAGUCCUGAAACGAGGAAAAGCAAAAAAGGGUAAGAACGACCUGAUCGGCGCCGAAGAAGGAGAAGAUCCUUUCGUGGACAUCUCCUCUGUCGCUCCUCCCGGCUCUCCGUUUGGUCGGGCUAGCGUGAAGAGCAGCGGUAAGAUGGACAACUCCUCUUACUUCCGGCGUAAGGAGAAGAGGACCCGCUUCUUCAUCCGCCGCAUGGUGAAAGCUCACAGCUUCUACUGGAUCGUUCUGUGUCUGGUGGGCCUCAACACUCUGUGUGUGGCCAUUGUCCACUACAAUCAACCUGAGUGGCUCACAACAGCCCUCUACACAGCGGAGAUUGUCUUCCUUGGUUUGUUUCUCUCUGAGAUGUCUUUGAAGAUGUACGGCCUCGGAGUGAGGAAUUAUUUCCACUCCUCCUUUAAUUGCUUUGAUUUUGGGGUGAUUGUGGGAAGUAUUUUUGAGGUGAUCUGGGACAUGAUUAAACCAGGAGCGUCGUUUGGUAUCAGCGUGUUGAGAGCCCUGCGACUGCUCAGGAUAUUUAAAGUCACCAAAUAUUGGAACUCUUUGAGGAAUCUUGUGGUUUCACUUCUCAAUUCCAUGAAGUCCAUCAUCAGCUUGCUCUUCCUCCUCUUCCUCUUCAUCGUGGUCUUUGCCCUGCUGGGCAUGCAGCUCUUCGGAGGACAGUUUAACUUUGAAGACGAGACACCAACAACAAACUUUGAUACCUUCCCAGCAGCCAUCCUCACUGUGUUCCAGAUUCUAACUGGCGAGGACUGGAACGCAGUGAUGUACCACGGGAUCGAGUCUCAAGGAGGUGUUCGCCGCGGCAUGUUCUCCUCCGUCUAUUUCAUCGUCCUCACGCUCUUUGGAAACUACACCCUACUGAAUGUCUUCUUGGCUAUCGCUGUCGAUAACCUGGCAAAUGCACAGGAGCUGACUAAGGAUGAAGAAGAGCAGGAGGAGGCAGCCAAUAAGAAGCUCGCCCUGCAGAAAGCUUUGGAGGUGAAGGAAGUCAGCCCCAUGUCAGCAGCCAACAUCUCGAUCGCUGCGAGUUAUUCUGUCUACUCCUCCCCCGCCCGACGAAUCUUGAGGUACAAUAAGGAGCAGCAGCGGACAGCAAAGGCCAUGUCAGUGUGGGAGCAGAGGACCAACCAGCUGAGGAGAAACAACUUGAGGGCGAGCAGCGAGGCCUUGUUUAACGAGCUCGACCCCGAGGAGCGCCUUCGGGUGUCCUCCGCCCUCCACCUGCACCCCGACAUGAAGACUCACCUGGACCGGCCACUCGUGGUGGAAGACAGAAACGGCGACAAACCCAGCAGGACUCCCGAAGGAGGACAGGAGGAAGCCAGGGACCCGUCCAGGCAGGACGGGGUGGGAGACAACCUCCACGCGCACUCCAGGAAGCACCACCGCCACCGAGACAGAAACGGGGAGAGCAGGGAGGGAGGCGACGGCCGCGGAGGGAGGCACCACACCCAUCACAGCCGCAACAGAGAUCACAACGAUGACGGCACACAGACGAAAGAGAGGAGAGGGGAGAGGAGCCAAGGACACAGGCACCACCACCAGGCCGGCUCCCCUGAGGAGGAGGCCAAUGAUGUACGAGGAGGGAUGGAAGAAAGGGGACAUCGCCACCACCAUUCCCAUCGUCCACCAAAAGAGGGGAAUGGGAUGUUGGCAAACGGUGCACAGGGAGAGCGCAGGGGGAGAGGAGGAGGAGGAGGAGGAGGAGGAGGAGGAGGAGGAGGAGGAGAUAGUAAUGGAGAAAGGAAGGGACGCUCCUCUCGUAUGGUCAGAGCUCAGCAGCCAGAUGCUGAGGAGGACGGCCUCGCCUCCAGUCCCCUACAGGCGAUGCAGAGCAGCCUUAGUCUCGGAGAGAAGCAAGAGGAUGCCGACAACCAGAAGAACUCCAACCGGGCCAGCCAGGCCGGCCUCAACAGCAACGCCAUCCACAUCCCCGUCACCAUCACCGCUCCACCCGGAGAGACCACCAUCAUACCUAUGAACAACAUCGACUGUGAUAACUUCCGACUGAGCGAAGAGAAAAAAGAUCUGGAGGAGGAGGAGGCGGCUAAUGGGCCUCGGCAGAUCCUUCCCUACAGCUCCAUGUUCAUCUUCGGGCAAACAAACCCGGUGCGGCGGCUGUGUCACUACGUGGUCAACCUCCGCUACUUCGAAAUGUGCAUCCUGAUGGUCAUUACCAUGAGCAGCAUCGCCCUGGCAGCCGAGGACCCUGUGCAAGCAAACGCGCCGCGCAACAACGUUCUCAAGUAUCUGGAUUAUGUAUUUACCGGAGUUUUCACUUUUGAGAUGGUGAUUAAGAUGAUAGAUUUGGGUCUUCUCCUCCACCCCGGUUCUUAUUUCCGGGACCUGUGGAACAUUCUGGACUUCAUUGUGGUCAGUGGAGCUCUGGUGGCCUUCGCCUGCUCGAGCCUUAUGGGAUCGCAACAAAGCGUGGCCAGAGGGACGAAAGGCAAGGACAUAAACACCAUUAAGUCCCUGAGGGUCCUCCGAGUCCUGCGACCACUCAAGACCAUUAAACGGCUCCCCAAGCUGAAGGCUGUGUUCGACUGUGUUGUAAACUCUCUGAAGAACGUUCUCAACAUCCUUAUCGUCUACAUCCUCUUCAUGUUUAUCUUCGCCGUUAUCGCAGUGCAGCUCUUUAAAGGCAAAUUCUUCUACUGCACUGAUGAGUCCAAGGGUCUAGAGAAAGACUGCAGGGGUCAGUUUCUGGACUACGACAGGGAUGAUGUCGCAGCUCAGCCCAGAGAGUGGAAGAAGUACGAUUUCCACUAUGACAAUGUUCUCUGGGCUUUCCUAACACUAUUCACCGUCUCCACUGGAGAGGGCUGGCCACUGGUCCUGAAACAUUCUGUUGAUGCCACCUACGAGGACCAAGGUCCCAGCCCAGGCUUCCGCAUGGAGACCUCCAUCUUCUACGUUGUGUACUUUGUGGUGUUCCCUUUCUUCUUCGUAAACAUAUUCGUGGCUUUGAUCAUCAUCACCUUCCAGGAGCAGGGAGACAAGGCCAUGUCUGAGUGUAGCCUGGAGAAGAAUGAGAGGGCUUGCAUUGACUUUGCUAUCAACGCCAAGCCGCUGACCAGAUACAUGCCAGAGAACAAGCAGUCCUUCCAGUACAAGAUGUGGAAAUUUGUCGUAUCCCCUCCAUUCGAGUACGCCAUCAUGACUUUAAUCGCCCUCAACACGGUUGUGCUGAUGAUGAAGUUCCAUGGAGCUCCAUACCUGUAUGAGUCCAUGCUGAAAUAUCUAAACAUCAUCUUCACGGCCCUCUUCACACUGGAGUGCAUCCUCAAGAUUAUUGCCUUCGGUCCACUGAACUACCUGAAAGCAGCCUGGAAUGUAUUUGACUUUGUGACUGUGCUUGGGAGCAUAACAGACAUCUUGGUCACAGAGAUAAAGACGGACAAAUUGAUAAACCUGAGUUUCUUGAGGCUGUUCAGAGCAGCCAGACUCAUCAAACUGCUGCGGCAGGGCUACACCAUCCGCAUCCUGCUGUGGACCUUCGUUCAGUCCUUCAAGGCCCUGCCGUAUGUGUGCCUGCUCAUCGCCAUGCUGUUCUUCAUCUAUGCCAUCAUUGGGAUGCAGGUGUUUGGUAACAUCGACCUAAAUGAAGAAACUGCCAUCAAUCACCACAACAACUUCCAGACCUUUUUACAGGCUUUGACCCUCCUCUUCAGGAGUGCGACCGGCGAGGCGUGGCAUGAGAUCAUGUUAUCGUGUCUCAGUAACCGGCCGUGUCAUAAGGAUUCAGGAACUUUGGGGAAGGAGUGCGGGAGUGACUUUGCCUACUUCUACUUUGUCUCCUUCAUUUUCCUCUGCUCCUUCCUGAUGCUGAACCUAUUUGUUGCUGUCAUCAUGGAUAACUUUGAGUACCUAACCAGGGACGCCUCCAUCCUGGGGCCUCAUCACCUUGAUGAAUUUAUCCGCGUGUGGGCGGAGUACGACCCUGCUGCCUGCGGGAGGAUAUGCUAUCAGGAUAUGUACAAAUUGUUGCGUUUUAUCUCGCCUCCCCUGGGCCUUGGGAAGAAGUGCCCUAACAGGGUGGCUUAUAAGCGAUUGGUUAAGAUGAACAUGCCCAUCGCCGAUGACAACACAGUGCAUUUCACCUCCACGCUGAUGGCCCUGAUCCGCACAGCCCUGGAGAUCAAACUGGCAUCUGGGGUCCUGGCGCAGCAUUUGUGUGACGUCGACCUGAAGAGGGAGAUAAACCGAGUUUGGCCCAGCCUGUCGCAGAAGACGGUCGACCUGCUGGUGACGCCACAUAAAUACAAUGAGCUGACUGUGGGGAAAGUCUACGCCGCUCUAAUGAUCUUUGACUACUAUAAGCAGAAUCGUGCCAAGAGGCUCCAGCAGCAGAACCCUUCAGCAGGACCUACAAGUAAACUGGGGGCCUUGUUCCGUCCUGUGCUGCCCCUCACUAACAUACAGGAAGUGGAACCGCCGUUCCCCAGUCCCAAAUGGCCCCUGCCACCCAAACCUGAGCCAGAAGCCAAGUCAGAGGCUGUGCCCACUACCACCGCUCCACUGGUUAACAGGGACGCAAUGUGAGUGACUGUCUUUUCUGUCCAGAACAGCAUGAAACUUAACCAGAGGAGUGCCAUAAAACAUUCCCAAUCUGGAGAUGUUUCUCAGGCAGCACUGAGGCCCAAAGGCCGGAGGAAACUACAGAGAGGCCAGUCAGAGGAUGUGCCAUAUUCCACCAGACCUCAGGAAUCGGUUGAGAUGAAGAAGGUGGAGAAUAUCUCAGACACAGAGGAGUAUCCCAGCCUGGAAGGCCACUGCAGAGCAGCGUCUCUGCCCCGACUGAAUGCUGAGUACUACCGGAGCCACCCUCGCCACGCCCCUGGGACCCACCUGGCACCGAUUGUCGACCUCAGUCCUAUAAGACGCUCGGCAUCCUCUCUGACGCCGCAGUACCACCAGGAGGGCGGGCUGAGGGAAUGUAACCUGGAACGACCAGACCUGGCCCAGUCCUCCAGCGGGUCAGGGCAAGUCCAGGGCCAGGACAGGGCUCACCACCAUCACCACCACCACCGAUGCCAUCGACGCAGGGACAAAGACAAAGACAAGAAGCAGAAGUCCCUGGACAGAGCUGCAUCAGUGCAGCCGUCCAGCACUGUCGGCUCAUUUACCGACCCUUCAGCUGAAGGUUUGUCCAGAGAGCGAGCGAGGGAGCGGGACCGCAGCCGGCCUCACGAGAGGAGGCACCACUCCUCAGCAGGAGAGAAGCAGCGUUACUACUCCUGCGAGCGUUACGGCAGCAGGGAGCAGUGCCACGCCAAGUCAGCCGGUCCCAGUCGAUCCACGUCUCCAGGAGAGGGACCCGACACUGUUUUCCUCAAACAGGUGACCGUCCCCGUGAUGCUGCCGUCUGGUUCCAGCACGCCCGGCCGUGGUCGCAGGCAGCUCCCUCAGACACCCCUCACCCCUCGUCCCGCUGUGGCCUACAAGACCGCCAACUCCUCGCCCCUCCCGUCCGGUGCCAGCACCGCUACGACGGGGCACCAGACUCGUUUCAGCCGUGGCCUUUCAGAGCACGAGCGCUUAGUCGGGGGCUACGACGAGUCCCCGAUACCGGUCACUCGCAUCGGUUCAGACCCUAAUUUAAACCGGCAGCUGAAGGACGCUUCUCAGCAGGCCCUCCUAGAAGAGGCGGAGGACUUUCAGGACGCUGUGAGCAGCCACGGAGGGGGGGCACGCUCUGCCAGAACAACCUCAGCUACGGCCUCGGCUACGCACGGAACUGCCGCUGCGCCCGUCACAGUGCCAACCACUCAAGGCCGGGCGGGGGUGGUGCCUAAUGGGUACCACUUCACCCUUGGGCUUAACUCUGCAUCUGGGAGCAGAGGAACAGGGAGUCUCAGGGAGAGGGAUGAAGAGGACUGGUGCUAACAUGGCAGGAAAGCCUGGAAAGUGGUUGGUGUUAGCUGAGGGCGGGGCAGCUUGUCAGAGAUGUACAGCGAGCCGGUGGAAAGGCAAGAUAUUUAGGAAGAAGCC